AAACCAAUCAAUCAAUCUUUCUCUUUCUCCAUUGAUCAAAAAUCCAAGUAAAAAAAGACACAACAGAAACUCUCAUUUGGAUCCUCUGUUUUUUUUCCACAAGAACAUAAAAAAAAUGUCAAUUGUUGUUUGUCAAGCUCAAGAAAAACUCGUCACCAAAAGUUUCUCCCAAAAAGGAGACAUGGGUGGGUUGAGUUUCCUACAAUCUAUGUCCGAUAUAACUGCCAUUGUCCGAAACAGAGAGGAUAAAGCUUAUGUGCACCCGACCGAGAAACGUUCUGUUUCUAAACUGAACGAGAAAAGCCUAGAGAUGUGCACUGAGAGCCUCGGAGCCGAAACAGGAAGCGAGAGUGGUGACGAGUUGUCUUUACUUGCGCUUGAAGCAACCGCUCUCUCUAGGGCUCAUUCUCUUCCUCCUAAGUCGAAAACUCAAGAAGAAGAGAAGGAAAGUGACUUUCAUCCCAAGAAAUCAACGAUGAGUCGUAACAAAAGCUUCCCGCCACCGAUAAAGUUCGUUAAAGAAUCAAAGUUUAAUCGUAUGGUGAGGUCUUUAGGAGAAGAUGGUCGUCUUGUUGUUCAAGCAAUUAGGGUUUCAUCUCCGCCUCGUAACUUUGUAGUUGAACGUGAGGACGGAAGGCUCCGUCUCUGUUUAUCGCCGGAGAGUUCUUUACUUGGGGACAAUGAUGAGGAGGAAGAGGAAGAAGAAACAGAGGAGGCAAAUAGUGAGAACUUGGAGGGUAAAAAUGGAAAUAAAAAGAUUAGCAGAUUAAGCAGCAGAUGCAAGGAGAAUGGUCGUGAGCCUAAACCAAUGCUUACUUGGAAGCAGCAGCAGUUUUGGGUCGCCACUUAAAGACUCCAUUAAUCUUCUAAUCAAAUAAUUUAAAAAUAUGAGUUUUCAUAAUUUUAUAACAUAUGCUUUGUAUGAUUUCUCGAGGGGACUGGGAGUGUUUUUCCAAUUCUAUUUGGUGUAAUGAGACUUGGUAUUUCUCUUGUGUGAU